AUUUUGGAACAUUGUUUUGGAGUUUGAUCGCAGCGGAAUAGAGAAGCAACAAAAUGCACGGCCGCAUCAAAGUGCGUACUACGGAGGAGGAGCGGGAGCGCAAAAAGAAGGAGCAUGCGUUAAAAGUGCGAGCCUAUCGAGCAGCAAUGGGACGCAUACAAAAAAAACGCGCAGCAGGCGAACUGGAGGAUGACGAAAUGUUGACACUGACAGCGCAAAUCUUGCUCCGCAAUCCCGAUGUCACUACACUAUGGAACAUAAGGCGAGAGUGUGUGCUGGCCAAGAUUGCGGUGCUAGAAAAGGAGAAGGAGUUGGAGGAGAAAGUGGAACCGGAAGUUGCGCCUGCUGACGCAAAAGAAGAUGAAUCAACAGUGAACGACGGAGCAGAAGCUGACGAUGUAAAAACAGAUUCCGCUGUUGGGGCUCCCACACCUCUGCCAACAUUAACGAUCGCUGAAAAGCUGCAGGCCAUUUUUGCCACCGAAAUGGGCAUCACCGAACAGUGUCUUAUGAUCAAUCCAAAAUCGUACAAUGCUUGGCAUCAUCGUUGCUGGACAUUGGAGCAGAAUCCCCAAGCCGAUUGGCAGCGUGAGGUGAAACUGUGCAACACGUAUUUAAAGUAUGACGAACGCAACUUUCAUACUUGGGACUAUCGCCGCUAUGUGACGGAAAAGGCGCAGAUAGCUAAGACGCAAGAGCUGGACUUUUGCACGGAGAAGAUUAAGGUGAACUUCUCCAACUACUCGUCUUGGCAUCAUCGCAGUUUGUUGCUGCCUGUACUCUAUCCUUAUGAGGGUGAGGUGAGGCCCAAACGACCCAUGAGCGAGGCCAAGCUGAAGGAAGAACUGGAAAUGGUUCUGACAGCUGCUUUUACGGAUCCGAAUGACAGCAGCGCUUGGUUUUAUCAACGCUGGCUAUUGGGAAAUGGCUGGCAGCUGGAGCAGCCAACGAUUGUCGCCUUUCGUUGUGAUGCAGAGAGGGCGGUCUUAGCGUUUAACAAACCAAAUCCCCAUUUGGGAACCCUACAGCUUGUCAGUGAUGGGCAAAAGGUAGAGCUGCAGAAUUGGCUGCCCGUAAACGAUACGAGGAACAUUUGGCAGUGUUCUGCUGAAAUCGGAAGCGCAUUUGAGCUUACGAAAUCUUAUGCUCUGCAGUUCGCUGAAAAAAGUCUAUCCUUAAACGUGUUGCCAGCUGAAGGACUCUACUACUUUCAACCGCCUAAUGCCAGCGCAGCCUACACGAAUGAAGUGCUAGGAGAGCUGCAAAGUCAGCUGCAAUCCUGUCUGGAUCUUUUAGAGUACGAACCCGACAGUAAGUGGACUCUGUUAACCAGCGCUCUGCUCAUGCGGGCCAUUGAUGCAGACAAACAUCAUGCACAAAGCUUGGAACAUCUUUACAAAUUGUGGACAAUCGAUGACUUACGUGCCGGCUACUACAAGGACUUGGCAGCGCGCUGGUCCCUAGAACUUGCCCUGACAAAGUGGCCUCAGAAGUCGGACUUCCCUAAACGCUUUGUGUUAAGCGUAGAGGACGUAGAGCUGGAAUCACUGCCCUAUGCACAGUAUUUAAUCAUAGCCAAUGAACUGGAAUUGCCACAAAGUUUAAGGGAUAAACUGACUGAAAAGAAGUUGCAAAAUUUUGCAAAUUUGAAGCUAUAAAAAUUAAGAUUCCUAAUCCUCAACAUUCUAAACUGACAAGCCGUGGAGCUCGCAAUCAACAGGCCUUAGUCCCUCGAGACGAUCAACAAUUCUAAAAAAUAAACUAUGCAACGAGAUAGUUUUGAGCCAGUUAAACAUUCACUAGUAGUUUAUAAUUAUUUAUAGAUACUUAUAUUCAGGGCAUUUUUGUGCAUGUAUUAUACACUAUAUUACUAAAGCAUAUGCAUACUGAUGUAUGCAAUUAAUAAACAAUGGUUUAUCACAAUCAAAA